AUGCCUAAACUCCUGCAAGGCAUUGUCACUGUCAUUGAUGUUUUCUACCAAUAUGCCACUGAGUAUGGUAACUGUGACAUGUUAAGCAAAAAAGAGAUGAAAGAACUUCUGGAAACCGAGUUUCACCAAAUUCUGAAGAAUCCAGAUGAUCCAGACACCGUAGAUAUCAUCAUGCAAAGUCUGGAUCGAGAUCAUAACCACAAAGUGGAUUUUACUGAGUAUCUUCUAAUGAUACUCAAGCUGGCAAAGGCUUGUAAUAAUAUUAUUGGCAAAGAUUACUGCCAAGCUUCAGGGUCAAAGCAGAAAGAUCACAGUCAGCAACACCAAGAGGAACAGAGUAAAAAAGAAACAGGAAACAAACAACAAGAAGCCUUUUCAAGUUAUUCAAGUUCUAGUGCAGGAGAGAAUGACUCUUAUUCCAGGGGCUCAAGAGGAAGCAUUAAAAACAAAUCCAGAAAAACAGGAAAAGAAAAGGAGCAAAGUUCUGAACAAAGGACAAAAUCAAAUACAAGUCAAUACAAAAAUAGUGCGGAUUAUGAACAAGGCCAGCCUGGGUCAGGAUUGUCCCACUCAUCUAACAACAGGAGAGCUAGCUCAAGAAAAGUUUCUGACUUUCCUCAACGUGGCUCUGAAUCAGGACGAUCUUCAAGCUCCAGGAAACAAGAAUCUGGUGAAUGUCAGUCUUCUAGUAAGGGUUCAUCAUCAGGAGGAUCAUCAGUCUCAGGUUCAGGACAGUCCACCCCCUAUGGUGAACAGGGAACAAGAUCAAGUGAGUCAUCAAACAACAGGAAAAGCAGGUCUACCUCAAGAACCUCUGCUGGCUCCCCAGAGAAUAGAUCUAAUUCAGCAGAAGAAUCUGCCUUUAGUGAAAAUGGAUCCAGGCAAGGAAAAACAUCUAAUAAUGGGCAAAAUGGUACCUUCUCUGGACAGUCAGCAGGUAGAAAUCAGCAAGAAUUUGGCACUAGUCAUGGAUGUGGCUCAGGUCAGUCUUCCAGCUCUGCUCAGCAUGGCUCUCAGUAUGGUCAGUCUUCCAGCUCUGGCACACAUAACUCAGGGUCCCAGCAGUCUUCCAAAGAGUGGAGACAUGGCUCUGGUUCAGGACAGUCUUCUGGUUUGGAUCAAUAUGGAUCAACAUCAGGACAACAUUCUGGAUCCACUACACAGGGUUCUGGACAAGGCCGUUCCUCUGGGGGUCGACACUGUGGUUCAUCCUCAGAACAGUCUUCAGGAUGUGGGUCAGGUCAGUCCACCACUUAUGGCCAACAAGGUUCAGGAUCACAUGAGUCAUCUACCCCUGGGAGAGGCAGGUCUACCUCAAGGGGGUCUUCUAACUCUCAACAGUAUGGAUCUAGCUCAAGAGAAUCUUCUGGCUGUAGUCAACAUGGAUCUGGGCAAGGUAGAUCUGGGCAAGGUAGAUCAUCUAAUAGUGGACAAAGUGGUUCUUUCUCUGGACAGUCACAAAGCAGUCAACAGCAUGGAUCAUGUUGUGGUCAGUCUUCUGGGUAUGGUCAAAAAGAAUAUGGCUCAGGUCAGUCUUCCAGCUCUGCUCAGCAUGGCUCUCAGUAUGGUCAGUCUUCUAGCUCUGGCACACAUAACUCAGGGUCCCAGCAGUCUUCCAAAGAGUGGAGACAUGGCUCUGGUUCAGGACAGUCUUCUGGUUUGGAUCAAUAUGGAUCAACAUCAGGACAACAUUCUGGAUCCACUACACAGGGUUCUGAACAAGGCCGUUCCUCUGGGGGUGGACACUGUGGUUCAUCCUCAGGACAGUCCUCAGGACGUGGGUCAGGUCAGUCCACCACUUAUGGCCAACAAGGUUCAGGAUCACAUGAGUCAUCUACCCCCAGGAGAGGCAGGUCUACCUCAAGGGGGUCUUCUAACUCUCAACAGUAUGGAUCUAGCUCAAGAGAAUCUUCUGGCUGUAGUCAACAUGGAUCUGGGCAAGGUAGAUCAUCUAAUAGUGGACAAAGUGGUUCUUUCUCUGGACAGUCACAAGGCAGUCAACAGCAUGGAUCAUGUUGUGGUCAGUCUUCUGGGUAUGGUCAAAAAGGAUAUGGCUCAGGUCAGUCUUCCAGCUCUGCUCAGCAUGGCUCUCAGUAUGGUCAGUCUUCCAGCUCUGGCACACAUAACUCAGGGUCACAGCAGUCUUCCAAAGAGUGGAGACAUGGCUCUGGUUCAGGACAGUCUUCUGGUUUGGAUCAAUAUGGAUCAACAUCAGGACAACAUUCUGGAUCCACUACACAGGGUUCUGGACAAGGCCAUUCCUCUGGGGGUGGACACUGUGGUUCAUCCUCAGAACAGUCUUCAGGAUGUGGGUCAGGUCAGUCCACCACUUAUGGCCAACAAGGUUCAGGAUCACAUGAGUCAUCUACCCCCAGGAGAGGCAGGUCUACCUCAAGGGGGUCUUCUAACUCUCAACAGUAUGGAUCUAGCUCAAGAGAAUCUUCUGGCUGUAGUCAACAUGGAUCUGGGCAAGGUAGAUCUGGGCAAGGUAGAUCAUCUAAUAGUGGACAAAGUGGUUCUUUCUCUGGACAGUCACGACGCAGUCAACAGCAUGGAUGUUGUGGUCAGUCUUCUGGAUAUGGUCAAAAAGGAUAUGGCUCAGGUCAGUCUUCCAGCUCUGCUCAUCAUGGCUCUCAGUAUGGUCAGUCUUCCAGCUCUGGCACCCAUAACUCAGGGUCACGCCAGUCUUCCAAAGAGUGGAGACAUGGCUCUGGUUCAGGACAGUCUUCUGGUUUGGAUCAAUAUGGAUCAACAUCAGGAAAACAUUCUGGAUCCACUACACAGGGUUCUGGAAAAGGUCAUUCCUCUGGGAGUGGACACUGUGGUUCAUCCUCAGGACAGUCUUCAGGACGUGGGUCAGGUCAGUCCACCACUUAUGGCCAACAAGGUUCAGGAUCACAUGAGUCAACUACCACCAACAGAGGCAGGUCUACCUCAAGGACGUCUUCUAACUCUCAACAGUAUGGAUCUAGCUCAAGAGAAUCUUCUGGCUUUAGUCAACGUGGAUCUGGGCAAGGUAGAUCUGGGGAAGGUCGAUCUUCUAAUAGUGGACAAAGUGGUUCUUUCUCUGGACAGUCUCGACGCAGUCAACAGCAUGGAUCUUCUUGUGGUCAGUCUUCUGGGUGUGGUCAAAAAGAAUAUGGCUCAGGUCAAUCUUCCAGCUCUGCUCAGCAUGGCUCUCAGUAUGGUCAGUCUUCUGGCUCUGGCACACAUAACUCAGGGUCACACCAGUCAUCCAAAGAGUGGAGACAUGGUUCUGGUUCAGGACAGUCUUCUGGUUUAGAUCAAUAUGGAUCGAUAUCAGGACAACAUUCUGGAUCCACUACACAGCGUUCUGGACAAGGUUGUUCCUCUGGGAAUGGAAAAUAUGGUUCCUCCUCAGGACUGUCUUCAGGACGUGGGUCAAGUCAGUCCACCACUUAUGGCCAGCAAGGUUCAGGAUCACAUGAGUCAUCUACCACCAGCAGAGGCAGGUCUACCUCAAGAGGGUCUUCUAACUCUCAACAGUAUGGAUCUAGCUCAAGAGAAUCUUCUGGCUUUAGUCAACGUGGAUCUGGGCAAGGUAGAUCUGGGCAAGGUCGAUCUUCUAAUAGUGGACAAAGUGGUUCUUUCUCUGGACAGUCACGACGCAGUCAACAGCAUGGAUGUUCUGGUCAGUCUUCUGGAUAUGGUCAAAAAGAAUAUGGCUCAGGUCAGUCUUCCAGCUCUGCUCAGCAUGGCUCUCAGUAUGGUCAGUCUUCCAGCUCUGGCAAACAUAACUCAGGGUCACGCCAGUCUUCCAAAGAGUGGAGACAUGGCUCUGGUUCAGGACAGUCUACUGGUUUGGAUCAAUAUGGAUCGACAUCGGGACAACAUUCUGGAUCCACUACACAGGGUUCUGGACAAGGCCGUUCCUCUGGUAGUGGACACUGUGGUUCAUCCUCAGGACAGUCUUCAGGAUGUGAGUCAGGUCAGUCCACCACUUAUGGCCAACAAGGUUCAGGAUCACAUGAGUCAUCUACCACCAGCAGAGGCAGAUCUACCUCAAGGAGGUCUUCUAACUCUCAACAGUAUGGUUCUAGCUCAAGAGAAUCUUCUGGCUGUAGUCAACGUGGAUCUGGGCAAGGUAGAUCUGGGCAAGGUCGAUCUUCUAAUAGUGGACAAAGUGGUUCUUUCUCUGGACAGUCACGAGGCAGUCAACAGCAUGGAUGUUCUGGUCAGUCUUCUGGAUAUGGUCAAAAAGAAUAUGGCUCAGGUCAGUCUUCCAGGCCUGCUCAGCAUGGCUCUCAGUGUGGUCACUCUUCCAGCUCUGGCACACAUAACUCAGGGUCCCAGCAGUCUUCCAAAGAGUGGAGACAUGGCUCUGGUUCAGGACAGUCUUCUGGUUUGGAUCAAUAUGGAUCAACAUCAGGACAACAUUCUGGAUCCACUACACAGGGUUCUGGACAAGGUCGUUCCUCUGGGAAUGGAAAAUAUGGUUCCUCCUCAGGACUGUCUUCAGGACAUGGGUCAAGUCAGUCCACCACUUAUGGCCAGCAAGGUUCAGGAUCACAUGAGUCAUCUACCACCAGCAGAGGCAGGUCUACCUCAAGAGGGUCUUCUAACUCUCAACAGUAUGGAUCUAGCUCAAGAGAAUCUUCUGGCUUUAGUCAACGUGGAUCUGGGCAAGGUAGAUCUGGGCAAGGUCAAUCUUCUAAUAGUGGACAAAGUGGUUCUUUCUCUGGACAGUCACGACGCAGUCAACAGCAUGGAUGUUCUGGUCAGUCUUCUGGAUAUGGUCAAAAAGAAUAUGGCUCAGGUCAGUCUUCCAGCUCUGCUCAGCAUGGCUCUCAGUAUGGUCAGUCUUCCAGCUCUGGCACACAUAACUCAGGGUCACGCCAGUCUUCCAAAGAGUGGAGACAUGGCUCUGGUUCAGGACAGUCUACUGGUUUGGAUCAAUAUGGAUCGACAUCGGGACAACAUUCUGGAUCCACUACACAGGGUUCUGGACAAGGCCAUUCCUGUGGUAGUGGACACUGUGGUUCAUCCUCAGGACAGUCUUCAGGAUGUGGGUCAGGUCAAUCCACCCCUUAUGGCCAACAAGGUUCAGGAUUGCAUGAGUCGUCUACCCCCAGGAGAGGCAGGUCUACCUCAAGGAGGUCUUCUCACUCUCAACAGUAUGGAUCUAGCUCAAGAGAAUCUUCUGGCUUUAGUCAACGUGGAUCUGGGCAGGGUCGAUCUUCUCAUAGUGGACAGAGUCAUUCUUUCUCUGGACAGUCACGAGGCAGUCAACAGCAUGGAUGUUCUGGUCAGUCUUCUGGGUAUGGUCAAAAAGAAUAUGGCUCAGGUCAGUCUUCUCAGCGUGGCUCCCAGUAUGGUCAGUCUUCCUGCUCUGGCACACAUAACUCAGGGUCACAGCAGUCUUCCAAAGAGUGGAGACAUGGCUCUAGUUCAGGACAGUCUUCUGGUUUGGAUCAAUAUGGAUCAACAUCAGGACAACAUUCUGGAUCCACUACACAGGGUUCUGGACAAGGUCGUUCCUCUGGGAAUGGAAAAUAUGGUUCCUCCUCAGGACUGUCUUCAGGACAUGGGUCAAGUCAGUCCACCACUUAUGGCCAGCAAGGUUCAGGAUCACAUGAGUCAUCUACCACCAGCAGAGACAGGUCUACCUCAAGAGGGUCUUCUAACUCUCAACAGUAUGGAUCUAGCUCAAGAGAAUCUUCUGGCUUUAGUCAACGUGGAUCUGGGCAAGGUAGAUCUGGGCAAGGUCAAUCUUCUAAUAGUGGACAAAGUGGUUCUUUCUCUGGACAGUCACGACGCAGUCAACAGCAUGGAUGUUCUGGUCAGUCUUCUGGAUAUGGUCAAAAAGAAUAUGGCUCAGGUCAGUCUUCCAGCUCUGCUCAGCAUGGCUCUCAGUAUGGUCAGUCUUCCAGCUCUGGCACACAUAACUCAGGGUCACGCCAGUCUUCCAAAGAGUGGAGACAUGGCUCUGGUUCAGGACAGUCUACUGGUUUGGAUCAAUAUGGAUCGACAUCGGGACAACAUUCUGGAUCCACUACACAGGGUUCUGGACAAGGCCGUUCCUGUGGUAGUGGACACUGUGGUUCAUCCUCAGGACAGUCUUCAGGAUGUGGGUCAGGUCAAUCCACCCCUUAUGGCCAACAAGGUUCAGGAUUGCAUGAGUCGUCUACCCCCAGGAGAGGCAGGUCUACCUCAAGGAGGUCUUCUCAUUCUCAACAGUAUGGAUCUAGCUCAAGAGAAUCUUCUGGCUUUAGUCAACGUGGAUCUGGGCAGGGUGGAUCUGGGCAAGGUCGAUCUUCUCAUAGUGGACAGAGUCAUUCUUUCUCUGGACAGUCACGAGGCAGUCAACAGCAUGGAUGUUCUGGUCAGUCGUCUGGGUAUGGUCAAAAAGAAUAUGGCUCAGGUCAGUCUUCUCAGCGUGGCUCUCAGUAUGGUCAGUCUUCCUGCUCUGGCACACAUAACUCAGGGUCACAGCAGUCUUCCAAAGAGUGGAGACAUGGCUCUGGUUCAGGACAGUCUUCUGGUUUGGAUCAAUAUGGAUCAACAUCAGGACAACAUUCUGGAUCCACUACACAGGGUUCUAGACAAGGCCGUUCCUCUGGUAGUGGACACUGUGGUUCAUCCUCAGGACAGUCUUCAGGAUGUGGGUCAGGUCAGUCUACCUCUUAUGGCCAACAAGGUUCAAGAUCACAUGAGUCAUCUACCACCAGCAGAGGCAGGUCUACCUCAAGGGCGUCUUCUAACUCUCAACAGUAUGGAUCUAGCUCAAGAGAAUCUUCUGGCCGUAGUCAACAUGGAUCUGGGCAAGGUGGAUCUGGGCAAGGUAGAUCUUCUAAUAGUGGACAAAGUGGUUCUUUCUCUGGACAGUCACGAGGCAGUCAACUGCAUGGAUGUUGUGGUCAGUCUUCUGGAUAUGGUCAAAAAGAAUAUGGCUCAGGUCAGUCUUCCAGCUCUGCUCAUCAUGGCUCUCAGUAUGGUCAGUCUUCCAGCUCUGGCACACAUAACUCAGGGUCAAGCCAGUCUUCUAAAGAGUGGAAACAUGGCUCUGGUUCAGGACAGUCUUCUGGUUUGGAUCAAUAUGGAUCAACAUCAGGACAACAUUCUGGAUCCACUACACAGGGUUCUAGACAAGGCCGUUCCUCUGGUAGUGGACACUGUGGUUCAUCCUCAGGACAGUCUUCAGGAUGUGCGUCAGGUCAGUCCACCACUUAUGGCCAACAAGGUUCAGGAUCACAUGAGUCAUCUACCACCAGCAGAGGCAGGUCUACCUCAAGGAGGUCUUCUAACUCUCAACAGUAUGGAUCUAGUUCAAGAGAAUCUUCUGGGUUUAGUCAACGUGGAUCUGGGCAAGGUGGAUCUGGGCAAGGUCGAUCUUCUAAUAGUGGACAAAGUGGUUCUUUCUCUGGACAGUCACGACGCAGUCAACAGCAUGGAUCUAGUUCAAGAGAAUCUUCUGGGUUUAGUCAGUCUUCCAGCUCUGCUCAGCAUGGCUCUCAGUAUGGUCAGUCUUCCAGCUCUGGCACACAUAACUCAGGGUCCCAGCAGUCUUCCAAAGAGUGGAGACAUGGCUCUGGUUCAGGACAGUCUUCUGGUUUGGAUCAAUAUGGAUCAACAUCAGGACAACAUUCUGGAUCCACUACACAGGGUUCUGGACAAGGCCGUUCCUCUGGUAGUGGACACUGUGGUUCAUCCUCAGGACAGUCUUCAGGAUGUGGGUCAGGUCAGUCCACCACUUAUGGCCAACAAGGUUCAGGAUCACAUGAGUCAUCUACCCCCAGGAGAGGCAGGUCUACCUCAAGGGGGUCUUCUAACUCUCAACAGUAUGGAUCUAGCUCAAGAGAAUCUUCUGGCUGUAGUCAACAUGGAUCUGGGCAAGGUAGAUCUGGGCAAGGUAGAUCAUCUAAUAGUGGACAAAGUGGUUCUUUCUCUGGACAGUCACAAAGCAGUCAACAGCAUGGAUCAUGUUGUGGUCAGUCUUCUGGGUAUGGUCAAAAAGAAUAUGGCUCAGGUCAGUCUUCCAGCUCUGCUCAGCAUGGCUCUCAGUAUGGUCAGUCUUCCAGCUCUGGCACACAUAACUCAGGGUCCCAGCAGUCUUCCAAAGAGUGGAGGCAUGGCUCUGGUUCAGGACAGUCUUCUGGUUUGGACCAAUAUGGAUCAACAUCAGGACAACCUUCUGGAUCCACUACACAGGCUUCUAGACAAGGCCGUUCCUCUGGUAGUGGACACUGUGGUUCAUCCUCAGGACAGUCUUCAGGAUGUGGGUCAGGUCAGUCCACCACUUAUGGCCAACAAGGGUCAGGAUCACAUGAGUCAUCUACCCCCAGCAGAGGCAGAUCUACCUCAAGGAGGUCUUCUAACUCUCAACAGUAUGGAUCUAGCUCAAGAGAAUCUUCUGGCUUUAGUCAACGUGGAUCUGGGCAAGGUAGAUCUGGGCAAGGUCCAUCUUCUAAUAAUGGACAAAGUGGUUCUUUCUCUGGACAGUCACGACGCAGUCAACAGCAUGGAUGUUGUGGUCAGUCUUCUGGAUAUGGUCAAAAAGAAUAUGGCUCAGGUCAGUUUUCCAGCUCUGCUCAGUAUGGCUCUCAGUAUGGUCAGUCUUCUAGCUCUGGCACACAUAACUCAGGGUCAAGCCAGUCUUCUAAAGAGUGGAGACAUGGCUCUGGUUCAGGACAGUCUUCUGGUUUGGAUCAAUAUGGAUCAACAUCAGGACAACAUUCUGGAUCCACUACACAGGGCUCUGGACAAAGUUGUUCCUCUGGAAGUAGACACUGUGGUUCAUCCUCAGGACAGUCCUCAGGAUGUGGGUCAGGUCAGUCUACCACUUAUGGCCAACAAGGUUCAGGAUCACAUGAGUCAUCUACCACUAGCAGAGGGAGGUCUACCUCAAGGGGGUCUUCUAACUCUCAACAGUAUCGAUCUAGCUCAAGAGAAUCUUCUGGCUGUAGUCAAUGUAGAUCUGGGCAAGGUCGAUCUGGGCAAGGUGGAUCUUCUCGUAGUGGACAAUGUGGUUCUUUCUCUGGACAGUCACGAGGUAGACUUCAGCAUCAAUCUAUCUCUAGCUAUGGUUCUGGCUCAGGUCAUUAUCCCUGUUCUGGGCAGCAGGGUUUUCAAUAUGGUCAGUCUUCCAGUUCUGGUCAGCAUAGCUCUCAUAAUGGCCAGUCUUCCAGCUCUGGGACUUGUAACACACAGUCUCACCAGUCUUCCAACCAGUGGAGACAUGGCUCUCAUUCAGGACAGUCUUCUGGUUUUGAUCAAUAUGGAUCGACAACAGGACAAACUUCUGGUUCCACUACACAGGGUUCUGGACAAGGUCAUACCUCUGUGACUGGACAUUAUGAUUCUUCCUCAGGACAGUCUUCAGGCUGUGGGUCACGGCAGUCCACUACUUAUGGUCAACAAGAUUCAGGAUCACGUGAGUCAUCUACCACCAGGAGAGGCAGGUCUACCUUAAGGGGCUCUUCUAACUCUCAACAGUAUAGAGGUGGCUCAGGAGAAUACUCUGGUUUUAAUCAACAUGGAUCUGGGCAAGGUCAGUCUCCUCACAGGGGUCAAUAUGGUCCUUUCUCUGAACAGUCAUCUUGUCAUGCUCAGGAUCGACCUCACUUUGGUCAGUCUGAAGGCUCAGUUCCAUCAUCUAACUGUGGUCAGCAUGGUUCUACUUCAUGUCAGUAUUCUGGUUUUGACGAGCAAAUGCAUGGAUCACAUAAAUCUUAUCCCUGUACUACUCAAGGGUCUACCUCUCAAGGGUAUUCUAGCUUUGGACCAUGUGGAUCUGGUUCAGUAGAGUGUUCUGGGUUUGGUAACCAAGCCUCUAGAUCAGGUCAGUCUACUUAUGGGCAAAAUGAAUCUAAUAGAAAUCAACCUUCUGGCUAUAGACAAUAUAAUCAUACAUCAGGACAGUCAUACUGUGGUGGUCAGUGUGGAUCUAAUUCAAACCAAUCUUCCAGCUAUGGAGAACAGGGCCUUGGUUCUAGUCAGUCUUCUCACUAUGGCCAAUAUGGAUGUCCCUCAAGUCAUUACUCUAGCCAAAGCCAACAUGGAGUUGGGUGUAGUCAAGAUUUUAAUACUGAUCAAUAUGGGUCUGGUUCCUAUCCCUCUUCUAUCUCUAGACAAAAUUGUCCAAGAUCUGGUCUGUGCCCUACUUCACAGCAAUAUGGGUCUGGUUCGUGUCACUCAUUUAGCACUGGUUCAUGUGGUUCUGGAUAUGGUCAAUGUUCUAACUUUGAGCAACCUCAUACAAAUAAGCGAUGUGGAAACCAGUGGGAAUCUGGCUGUAGCCCCUCAAAUUGUAGUGAAAAUCAAUCAAUAAGAGUACAUAGACAAAUAGAAACCUCAGGUUGUGGCUUUGGACAAUUUUCACCUUCACAUGGACAGAUUAGAUCUGAAACUACUGGUAAAUUGUCACUUUGUAAUUUGGACAAUAGACAAGGUAACUCUGACUAUCAGAGAGUCAAGGAAAAUAACUUUGGAAUGAGAAAUGUAGUCUCAGAUUCUCAUAGCUUCAAUAGUAGCACUCCACUGUAUGAGUAUGUCCAAGAGCAGAGACGCUAA